UUGAAUAAAAUCGUUCUCUUCAUGUAAAAAUCCUCUGGGAAAGCUAACGUACCCUCGUCGCCGUUUAAUUGAAAAUGAACGAACUGCAGCCGGUUCGUCGCGUCGCGCGUUUGUUUCGGGAGUGUCGUUCAAGUUAUCGGACUCAAGUUAUAGUCCGCGUGCGAUUAUAGUAUAUUAUUCGCGAGUGUUUUUCGCGAGUGUCCUGUGCGCGAGGAUGACCCAAUUCUGAGAGGAGAAGGAGAUCUGGGAGAGACGUCGGGCACCAAUGGAAUAAUCUUGUGAAGUGUCAGUGUUCAGAAGUGUCGUGAUUUAGUGUUUUUGUGAGUGAUUGUGCAAGACGAAGAAACUGAGAGGAGGAGGAGGCUGGGGAGGCAUCGGGUGUCGGCGGAGCAACCCAUGGAUUAAUAUAGUUAAAACUCCGCUGCUGCGCAUCGUAUCGAUUUCUCUACAAACCCGGAGAGCGAGCAGUUAUUAUCCGUCGAGGCAUGUGACAAUUCACCAGACACGUGUGUGAGAGUUCAACCAGAUGAGCAGUUGUCCAUGAACGAAUUAUGUAUUCAAGGCGUUUCGUCAUCAAGAUCGUUGCUUCAGGACAAAUCCGCUGCAUUAAAUCUUAACACACAUAUAGGCGAAAGUCCGAGCGGUUUGACAACCGUGGUAACAUCAUCCUUGAUUACCGCAAGUGGGAACGAAAGUAAUGAUGAUCCGCCGCCUUAUGCCGCAAUUACGCCACCAAAUCAUACCGGUUGGCCGUACGGACUUUUUUCAUUCAACGAUUCAUAUUUUACGGACGGGACGACUCAUAGGAUGGAAAUACCGUUAACGCCUUUCCAAACUCAUCUGAUACCGGUCACUGGUUUCCAGCCCGAAGGGAUUAAUGGUCGAUACAGAUCUUACCCAAUGUCCUUAACGACGCGUUACCAGUUUCUCAAGUUUGGUUGCUAUAGGAAUUCUUUGUGGAGGGAAACGAUGGAUGCCGCGGAUGACGAAAUAACGGAAAAAAUCUACGAUAAAAAAACACGAACAUGUGGCGUUAUUCUCGUGGCAGCAGCAGUCAUCAUCUUCCUCAUGGCUCUGUCCUUGAUAGUUCGCUUUGUCAUGGAAAAAAGCUGGUGGCGAAGAUAGAUCAUCGUUAGAAUUGGCCGUUAUUUAAAGAACGUUCAGAGAUAUUCUAAUUUACGAACAAUUAUUUACGAUUUUAUUAAUCUAACAUAAUUUAUUUUAACAGGAUAUAUCUUCUGAGAUAUCGCGCUGAUUAUCUUGGAAGGAAUUUUCUCUAUUUCUUUUGCAUACUUUUUUCACCUAAAUCUAUUAUUAGCUUAAA